GCUAAUUCUGACUAUUAUAAACUUCGAAUUCUUCAUCUUCUUCUUCUUUCGAUCUCGCUCUUUCAAUCGGUAAGCUUUCCCUCUCUCUUCUCUUGUUGUAAGAUACCCAAUUCGAUCUCUUAAUCGAUUCCUCACCCUUUGAGAUCGUGCUGUUUCGCCAAAAAAUCUGGGUUUCGUGUUUCCGCAAGCUUAGAAUCUAUCAGAUUCGAUAGAUUUUUCUCUGCUAUGAUUCCAAAGUUCGUGAAUAGAUAUUAUGUUGAUUCAAUUGAUGUAAAGAGAUGAGUUUUUUUGUUUGAUGAGGUUUUGUUCAUUGUUGUAGAACAAGUCCUGGUGAUUUUUGGUUCAUAGAGUCUUAGUCCAUUGUCUCGUUUAGUGGAAGAUAUGGUGCAUGCAGAGUCAUUCAAAGUUAGUUCCUUGAGCAAUGGUCAUGUGCCUGAGGAGAAUCUAGGAGGAGACGUUUUGAAUAAUGGUCGUGUAACCGCCUCUACUAAGAUGCUUAAGUUCAAGCGCCGCAAGGUUUUUGCUCAUAGAGACUUCCCUCCAGGUUGUGGAACCCCUGCCAUGAGGCUUAAGGCGAGAAUGGCUGAGAAUGUGAAUGUUGUUGGUGGUGCUGAUGAUCACCACCCUAGUGUUCCGUCUUCUGAAGCUAACAUGAAUGUUGCUAAUGCUGAUGACCCUUGUAAAGAGGAAAGAAAGUCUGAGCAGCGUGAUGAGCAUCAUCCUCGUAACGACAUGGAGCUCGUGGUAUUUGAAUCUCGUGGUGAUAAACAGGAGCCGGAACCAAAGAAAGAGGAGUCUGGCGAAUCGACGGUGUAUACAAGUGAUCGACAUGUUGAGCCUGUGGCGGUUAAGCCGCUGAGGAUCUGUUUGCCAGAUGGAAAUGAUAAGAACGUUGUUAAGUCAGUGUCAUCAGAACCAAAACGAACUCAUGGUGCGGUUAAAAGAAAAGCAACGAAAAGCGUUGCGUUUCAUGAACCGUUGAAGGUUCCCAAAAAGAUGAAUAUAGAUUACGGUGAAGGGUCUAAGAUGAAGAAGAAUUUGUAUUCGCGCGAGAGAGGAAGAAGUCCAGAUAGAGGAGAGCUACCUCGCCAGCCUCGGACAUUACAAGUUGGGCUUCCUCCUUCGCGUCCCAGUGGUUCAAGCGGCGGUGGUGAUAGCCGGACCAAAGUCAAGGAAACAUUACGUCUUUUCUACGGAGCUUGUAGAAAGCUUUUACAAGAGGAAGAAGCUAAGCCUGUGAAACAAAAGAGGUUCAGAGUAGACUGCGAGGCCGCGAAGAUUCUCAAGGAGAAAGGGAAGUAUCUCAACACAGGAAAACAUAUAAUGGGAGCUGUCCCUGGGAUUGAAGUCGGCGACGAGUUUCAGUACAGGAUGGAGCUGAACAUUCUCGGUAUACAUAAACCAAGUCAAGGAGGUAUUGAUUAUAUGAAGAUCGGUGAUGAAGUAUUCGCAACGAGUAUUGUAGCCUCGGGAGGGUACGAUGACGAGCUUGACAACACUGAUGUCUUGACCUACACGGGUCAAGGCGGAAACGUGAUAAAGAACAAGAAAGGAAAGGAAGUACCGAUGCCUGAAGACCAGAAGCUUGUAACUGGGAACCUCGCGUUAGCAAACAGUGUGAAGAAGAAGAACCCUGUUCGUGUCAUAAGAGGGAACAAGAAGGCGGUUUUGGAGUCGUCAGGCGAUAAGAAAGGUAGAAGCUAUGUCUACGAUGGGUUAUACGUUGUGGAGACGUUUUGGCAAGAGACUGGUUCGCACGGGAAGCUUGUGUUUAAGUUUAAGCUUAGGCGCAUGCCUGGACAACCCGAGCUCGCGUGGAAAGUGGUGAAGAACACAAAGAAGGCAGAGGAGCGUGUGGGUCUGUGCAGGAUCGACAUCUCGGAAGGGCAUGAGAGGCUUCCCAUUUGCGCUGUGAACGAGAUCGACGACGAGGAGCCUCCUUCGUUCAUCUACACGGUUAAGAUGAUUUACCCUGACUGGUGCAGACCGAUACCUCCGAAGGGAUGCCGUUGCACCAGACGCUGUGCAGAAGCAAAGGACUGCGCUUGCGUGGCGAAAAACGGAGGAGAGAUACCGUAUAACUACGAUGGAGCUAUAGUCAGUGCAAAGAAUCUGAUCUACGAGUGUGGCCCGCUUUGUAAAUGCCCUGCUUCUUGCUACCUAAGAGUCACGCAGAGAGGGAUCAAGUUCCCGCUUGAGAUCUUCAAAACCGAGUCAAGAGGAUGGGGAGUGAGAUCUCUCAGCUCGAUCCCUUCAGGUAGCUUCAUAUGCGAGUACGUUGGUGAGCUUUUAGAGGAUAAAGAAGCGGAGAGAAGAACAGGGAACGACGAGUAUCUCUUUGACAUUGGAAACAGAUACGACAACUCUUUAGCUGAAGGGAUGUCGAAGCUAAUGCCUGAGACGCAGCCGGCCAUGGGAGGAGAUGAUGAUGAGAUGAGCGGGUUCACCAUUGAUGCAGCUAAGAAAGGGAACAUAGGGAGGUUCAUAAACCACUGCUGCUCGCCGAAUCUGUACGCGCAGAACGUGUUGUAUGAUCAUGAAGACACGAGGAUCCCUCACGUGAUGUUCUUCGCAAUGGACAAUGUACCUCCUCUUCAAGAACUCACGUACCACUACAAUUACAUUAUCGAUCAGGAUUGGAGAUGAGAAGGAAGAAUGGUUGUUUACUACCUGAACUACACCGAAAAGAGGCGAAGAUGGAACAUUGCCAAUUAUGUGAAUUUCUACAGUGGAGAUAGCCAUUGAUAAUGGUCUGAAACUUGGUUCCACGCUAUGCAAACACACAUAAUUCACAGGAGCCUGAAGAAGAAAGAAAGAUAAAGCUCUUCUUGAUGAGUGAUAGGAAGAGUAUAUUGUUUCAAAGAUCACAUAUCAGCAGGAGAAACUAAAGGAUGAAGGUGAGAGUUGAGGAGUUUAGAGGUGCAGGCCCAACAACAGUGCCCAUGACAAAUACUCCGACACCACCUAGACCUGUAGAUGGUGUUGCUGGAAAUGGAGAAGGAGCUUUUGAUGAUGACAAGACGUUUGAUCCAUCUGUUGAGGUCAGUACUAACCACAAAAAAUCAUUGGUUUGAGUGAAGACAACUUAGCAUGCAAUGAAAGCAUUGAAGCAUCUGUCUCUUUGAGAUCAGUUUUCUCUCGGUUUCCUGGAAAGUUACUUUGAAUUUUCCGGGAAUAAAUAAUUUGUUUUUCACUUGAUUGUAACUUAAAAAAGAAAAAGAAAAAGAAAAAGACAUGUUAAUCUUUGUGUACUAAUUUGAUUGGUCUCUCUGUCUGUUGUGGUCACUCUGUUUUGCUUGGCUCACAAGUUUAAAACAACUGUUAUAAAAUAUCAGCUGAUGAUUACCAUGGUACUCUGCUUGUAUAUACUUUUGUCAUGGUUUUCUUUUCUUAUAUUAUAGCCAUGUUCUGUU